GCAUCGGCUGUGUGAGCUGCUGGCCCCGCUGUCGCAGAGGCUGCCCGGGCGCGGAGUGCAGAGGGCCCCGGGGCCGCGAGGACGUCACCAUGCCUAAAGCACUAAAGGGAAAAAAUGUAGGACGGGAAAAAAAAGUCAUCCAUCCAUAUAGUAGGAAGGCAGCACAGAUUACGAGGGAAGCCCACAAACAAGAGAAAAAGGAAAAGUUGAAGAAUGAAAAGGCCUUGCGUCUCAAUCUUAUUGGUGAAAAACUGCAGUGGUUUCAAAAUCAUCUUGAUCCUCGAAAAGUAGGAUAUUCAAAGAAAGAUGCUUGUGAAUUAAUUGAAAGGUAUUUAAAUCGAUUCAGCAGUGAGCUGGAGCAGAUUGAAUUACAUAACAGCAUCAAAGACAGGCAGGGAAGGCGGCACUGCUCCCGAGAGACAGCCAUCAGACAGACCGUGGAGCGGGAGCGACGGCAAUAUGAAGGGCACGGCCUCGAGAUUCCAGAUAUUAUAAAUGCAGGCAAUCUGAAAACUUUUAGGGAAUGGGAUUUUGAUCUGAAGAAAUUGCCAAACAUUAAAAUGAGAAAAAUGUGUGCUAAUGAUGCAAUGCCCAAGAAGCGCAAGAAGAAAACCGUUACACCUGUGGACACAGAUUUAGGGGAGUUACAACUAAAUGAUGACUCAAGUGACUCAGAUGAGGAAAUGACUGCAGUGGCCCAGUUGUCCUUUACUUGAGUUGAAAAUAAGUUAUUUGAAAGCCUCAAGUUACACUUGAAUGGAUUAUGGUAAAUAAUUGUCUAGAUACAAGAAUUUGCUACUUAGCUCCUCUUACAUGAUGAGAAUCUCAUUUGCAGUUUAAAAAACAAUGUUACGAUUUUAUUUAAAAAUGAAUGUUGCUUUUUAUUUACAUUUAAGUUCCUAAAAUAGAUGCAGCGAAAUAAAAUAAAACAGUGAUCUUUAAGAUUGAUUUUAUCUAACUAUCUGGAUGGGAAGGAGCAAUAUGAAUAAGGACAGAAAUCGUCUCAGUUCUUUUCCUCGUGUUUACUUGGGAUCACCUAAGGUCCUGGGGUCACCUAAGGGUCCUGGGAUUACCUAAGGUUCCUGGGAUCACCAAAGACCACAUUCUGGGACAUGGACAGCAGCCUGUUGUCUAAAAGGGUCCUGUGGGUACUUCUUGAGCAGUGAUGAUAGCAAAAUUGCCUCUCAGUAAUAAUAUUUCACCAACCUUCCUCUUAAACAUUAAACCUAUUUGCUUUCCAUAUAAAGUAGGGAAAAUGUGAUAUGGAAUUCAUAUAUACUGAUGGAUUGUACAUUAUUUUUAUUUAUUACCUUUGAGCCAGAGUUAAAUGGUAAGAAAAAAAUGCAGUGACUGUUCUUACGUUGAUCUCCCACACUUAAUCUGCUAUCUUUUGAUAAAGGGAAUACAUGAUUUCAGAUUAGCUCUUUUUGUUUGUGUAUUAUUUUCUGCUUUCUUAUUGUGAAAAAUGAUAGGUUUUAUUUGUGGAAACAGACCUAAAGAUUAGAGAACCAGUUUUUUAAAUUAUGUUAUUUUUUCUUCUAAGAGAUGAGUUAAAUAACACCUAUUAUAUAUAACUCGGUAUUUCAAGUAUCAUGAAUAUCAUGGAUGUAGUAGAAAUGUUGUUCUUCACAGAACUUGUGUGCAAGUGUCCUUUAGUCUACUUCUGAAGGGUGCAAUGCAGGUGUAUCUGAGUAUUUUCAGGAAAAGGAAGUAAAACAUUAAUGCCGUAUGAGGUUAACUAGGUUAUCAACUAAGUUUUGUUAACACUGUAUUAAAAGUGUUGUGGAAUUUUUACUUUUGAAAAUUAAAAAUAAAAUUUAUUUUUAUAA